AUGCGAAAAGUCUCUCUGGCAACUAAGAAUCCCACGGAAGGAACCCUCCGACCUUCCUGGGAAGGACCUUACGAGAUCAUCGGUAUCCAGCGAUCGGGGACUUAUCGGCUUAGAGACUCCAACGGAAAGACCCUCGGUCAUCCUUGGAAUGUAGAACAUUUGAAAUAUUAUUUUCAAUGA